UUCCCUUUAUAUAAUUUUCCCCGCCGUCAAGACUUCUGUACAUUUCCGGCUUUCCGCCAUCUCUUUGAUCACCGUCUAAGCAUCUAUCGGAGUUUUGACAUCGUUAAUUUCGUUCGUCGGAACCCUGUCUGUGCAUUCACAAGCAAUCGUUUCUUCAAGUUCGCCUCCAACUUCUCCGGCGUCGCUCCCUCAUUUGAUAAUCAUGUCUGCCCUAGGAGUUCCCGUCGUCCCCGCCCCAACUCGGCCUCAAAUCCACGAGAGUGUCUAGAGCUAUGCCCGAAAUUACGCUUCUCUCUUCAUUCUCCUCUUCUCCUGCUGUCUGAUAAGCACUUGGGGCCUUUAAUGGGAAAACAGUAGUUCUGGAUGUAAAUUCUGUCAAAGCAAUCAAGAAAGAAAUGGAUAUGAAAAGACGGUUGCCGGAAUGGAUGGUUUGUAUGCCUGCUGCUGGUCAUGGGAAAAAGAAAUCCGAAACUCAAGAUAUCAGUAACGGUGAAAAUGUAGAGGAGGUGGAGGUUACAAAAAAAUCCAAAAUAAUAAAAGAUCUAAAGGAUGGUCAGGUAAAGAAAAAAUCAAGAACUAGAGAUGCAAGCAAUGGUGAAAGUGGAGAGGAGAGAGUGAAGAAGAAAUCCAAAACUAAAUACACAAAGUGUGGUGAGCAUAUAGAUGGAAAGGUGGUGGAGAAAGAAACCAGAAGUAGAGAUGUGAGCACUUGUGAAUCUGCAUCAGACUUAAAGUCCAGACAGAGACAGACUGGAACAAAACGUACGAGGGCAAGGCAUAAUAUGAAAGACCUGAAGGAGGAGUCGUGUUUGCUUGAAAGAUGUGAAACAACACAGAGAAGCAGGAGAAAGGUAAGCCUAGAAGAUAACAAUUGUAAUUAUGAGAGUGACUUUGAGAUGAGGAAGCAGUCUGGAGUAGCAAAAAACAUUGAUGAAGCUGAGCCUCCUUUGAGAAGACAAAAAACAAAAGCAAAGAGCUCUGCGUUUGAGAUCACUGAUAAAAAUGAAGACUUGCCACAAAUUGAAGAUAAUGAGGAUUUUAGUGUUCAAGACUUAAUGAACACUGCUGAGGAGUAUGCCAGUGACGAUGAAGAUCUGACCGUUGAUGAUCUGUUGACUCUUGCCAAAGAGUGUGUCAAUGAAGAAUGCAAAGGUGAUCAAAAUAUGUUGUCACCCAGAGAAAGCACAGCGGCAAUCCCACUUCGAGAUACUGAUAUAUCUGCAGGCCCAAUCAUCUUAAAAGGCAGUAUAUCAUCUAAGGAUACAUCAAGCAGUGAGGCUCUUCCUAAACCAAACAUCACAGGAAGUCCCACACAAGAUAUGUUGAAUUUGUUUUUGGGACCUCUAUUAAAGAAAACUCAAGAAGAAAAGGAUGUUGAAGUAGUUAGAGACGACAUAUAUUUUGGUUAUGAUCGUGACCUUAAAAGUUCAAAUCGAAAUGUUGAUUUCAAGGAUCUUCCAGGUCCAUUGGCAAAGAAAAAAAGCAGUCUCAAAGACAAGGUAGCAAUGUUAUUUGAUUGAAGUUUGGGUUGGAAUAGGAAUAUAGUAUAUAUAUUACUAUAGAAUAGAAUGAAAGGACUACUGAUUAAGAUGCUAGAUUUCCUGGUUGGCAUCUACUCCCUGAAUAUACUAAAUAAGUUGCUAAAUGUAAUAUAUCUUUUUUUUUUU